GUUUUACUUGGUUCAAAUACAUGAUGUUGUGUGAAUAUGCCAGUUUUCUUUUGUAGUCCUCGAAAUGACGAAACCCAUCAAUUUAUAGAUUCUUCUUUUUUUUAUUUCUCUAAAAAAUAAGGUUUUCCCUGACCCGACAGUAUCAAAAACUUUAUAGUGUAUUGAUUGGGUAACACAGGAGUUUGUGGCGCAAGUUAAAUACAAAGGUCAAAAAUAAAGGAUAGUGGCCAAAAAGAAGUAUUAAAUUUAAAAUAAUAAAAAAUAAUAAAGAAGGCUGCCAUGGUGCCGAACUGAUCUAACAUCUCCAUCGAUUCCAUCUCAUAUUGUUUCAUCUUUAAAUCAAACUCAUCGCUGUCAUAGCCGUGCAGAUUGAUUCACAUCCUGUGGAUACUGGGGCAUAACUUUUUUUUUUUUCAUGGCUUCCACAGAGAACCCUUUGUUACAGCUGGCAAAAAAACAUGUUUUCCGCUCUUUGUCUAAACCCUGUAAGAAAAUGUGAAUGUGUCCCUGGGAGUUUCUGACUCCCUGCACAUGGAUCCCAUCCAGUGGCUCUCGUCAGAAACCACCACGCAUGAGAUGCUGUUUCCACUGAGGAAAGCCUCGCAAAUUAAAUCCGACUCACAGCUCUGUCUAAGUUUUUACUUCCCCGCCGUGCCUCCACUUUUCUCCUCCUCUCUCUCUCUCUCUCACAAGCGCGCUCCCCCCUUUUCUUUUUUUCUUUUUUUUCUGGUGCUUUUUCUACACGCCCCCCUCGGUUUUGAUGAGAACACAAUGUCGUGGGGUCAGAUGUGAUUCUUUGGCAGUUCUGCAUUUUCUGUAAAAGUCGCGAGGACGCUCCGAGGCGAUGGACCUGUGCUGUUGUUUCUGCUCAGGACCUCCGCACGAUGAACGGGACCGAGUCCAGAAGAAGACCUUCACGAAAUGGGUCAACAAGCACCUGAUGAAGCACUGGAAGGCAGAGGCCCAGCGUCACAUCACCGACCUGUACGAGGACCUCAGAGAUGGACACAACCUCAUCUCCCUGCUGGAGGUGCUCUCCGGAGAGACGCUGCCGAGGGAGAAAGGCCGGAUGCGCUUCCACAAGCUGCAGAACGUACAGAUCGCUCUGGACUUUCUCAAGCACAGACAGGUCAAACUGGUCAACAUCAGGAAUGACGACAUUGCAGAUGGAAACCCCAAGCUGACCCUGGGACUGAUAUGGACCAUCAUCCUUCACUUCCAGAUCUCAGACAUUCAGGUGAACGGCCAGUCGGACGACAUGACGGCCAAGGAGAAGCUGCUGCUGUGGUCUCAGAGGAUGGUGGAGGGAUACCAGGGCCUGCGCUGCGACAACUUCACAACCAGCUGGAGGGAUGGCAAACUCUUCAACGCCAUCAUCCACAAGCACAGGCCCACCCUGAUUGACAUGAGUCAAGUGUACCGGCAGUCCAACCAGGAGAAUCUGGAGCAGGCCUUCAGCGUGGCAGAGAGAGACCUGGGCGUCACCAGACUUCUGGACCCCGAAGAUGUGGACGUGCCCCAUCCAGAUGAGAAAUCCAUCAUCACGUAUGUCUCCUCUCUUUAUGACGCCAUGCCCAGAGUGCCAGACGUCCAGGAUGGAGUCAGAGCCAACGAGCUGGAGCUGCGUUGGCAGGAGUAUUACGAGCUGGUCACCAUGCUGCUGCAGUGGAUCAGACACCACAUCCUCGUCUUCGAGGAGAGGAAGUUCCCCAGCAGCUACGAGGAGAUCGAGGUUCUGUGGCGCCAGUUCCUGAAGUUCAAAGAAACGGAGCUCCCCGCGAAAGAGGCCGACAAGAACCGCUCCAAGCACAUCUUCAGGUCCUUCGAGGCUGCAGUCCAGGCCGGUCAGGUCAAAGUGCCGCCGGGUUACCACCCCUUUGACGUGGAGAAGGAGUGGGGCCGUCUGCACGUCGCCAUCCUGGAGAGAGAGCGCCUCCUCAGGAUUGAAUUUGAGAGGCUGGAGCGGCUGCAGAGGGUCGUCAGUAAGGUCCAGACGGAGUCGGGGGUGUGUGAGGAGCAGCUCAACCAGGUGGAGACUCUGCUGCAGACGGAUGUGAGGAUGCUGAGUGCGGGGAAACCUGCUCAGCACGCAGCAGAGAUGGAGGCGGACCUGGAAAAAGCGGAAGGCAUGAUCCGUCUGCUCUUCAACGACGUCCAGCUGCUCAAAGAUGGACGCCACCUCCAGGCUGAACAGAUGUAUCGCAGAGUGUAUCGUCUCCACGAGAGGCUGGUGAACCUCCGCAGCGAGUACAACCUGCGCCUCAAGUCAGGCGUGACCACCGCGCAGAUCCCGAUGACCGAGAUCCACACCGUGCAGGUCCUGCAGCAGGCCCCCAUGAGGGUACGGCCCGAGCUGGAUGAAGUCACCCUGCGCUACAUCCAAGACCUGCUGGGCUGGGUGGAGGAGAACCAGCGGCGCGUGGACGACGGCGAGUGGGGCUCCGACCUGCCCACGGUGGAGUCCCAGCUGGGCAGCCACCGAGGCCUGCACCAGUCUGUGGAGGAGUUCCGCUCCAAGAUAGAGAGGGCGAAGGCGGACGAGAGUCAAGUUUCACCCGCUAGUAAAGCUGCAUAUCGAGACUAUUUGGGAAAACUGGAGCUGCAAUACGGCAAGCUUCUGAACUCCUCCAAGGCCCGUCUGCGCUACCUGGACCAGCUUCACGCCUUCGUCGUCGCGGCGACCAAAGAGCUGAUGUGGCUGAACGAGAAGGAGGAGGAGGAGGUCAACUACGACUGGAGCGAACGAAACACCAACAUGACCGCCAAGAAGGAGAACUACUCGGGUUUGAUGAGAGAUCUGGAGCUCAGGGAGAAGAAAAUGAACGGUGUCCAAACCACCGGAGAUAAACUGCUGAGGGACGGACACCCUGCCAGGAAGACUAUCGAGGCCUUCACUGCAGCCCUGCAGACUCAGUGGAGCUGGAUCCUCCAGCUGUGCUGCUGCAUCGAAACCCACCUGAAAGAAAACACCGCCUACUUCCAGUUUUUCUCCGACGUGAAGGAGGCCGAGGAGAAGAUUAAAAAGAUGCAAGAAACAAUGAAGAGGAAGUACACGUGCGACCGCUCCAUCACCGUCACGCGGCUGGAGGAUCUGCUGCAGGACGCAGCUGAUGAGAAAGAGCAACUGACCGAGUUUAAAACUCACCUGGAGGGUCUGAAGCGUAGAGCCAAGACCAUCGUCCAGCUGAAACCACGAAACCCUGCUACACCAAUAAAGGGCAAACAGCCCGUCCAGGCUGUUUGCGACUUCAAGCAGAUGGAGAUCACCGUCCACCGCGGAGACGAGUGCGCCCUGCUCAGCAACUCACAGCCGUACAAGUGGAGGGUGCUGAACAACCAAGGCGACGAGGCGUCCGUGCCGUCUAUCUGCUUCCUGGUUCCGCCCACCAACAAGGACGCCGUCAACAGCGUUGCCGGCCUGGAUGGAAACCUCCAGCGGGUGCAGACCAUGUGGCAGACGCUGUUUGUGGACAUGAAGAGCCUGUUGUCAUGGCAGUACCUGAUGAGAGACAUCCACAUCAUCAAGACCUGGAACAUCACCAUGUUUAAGACUCUGAGGGUGGAGGAGUACCGCCUGGCGCUGAGGAACCUGGAACUCCACUACCAGGACUUCCUGAGGGACAGCCAGGACUCCCAGAUGUUCGGGGUCGAGGACCGCAUGCAGGUGGAGUCCAACUACAACAAAGCCAACCAGCACUACAACACGAUGGUCAGCUCUGCAGAGCAAGGCUACGUGCCGCCCACGGCAGGAGAGCAAGACGAGUCCAUGUGUAAGACUUACCUGACCAAGAUCAAGGACCUCCGUCUGAGGCUGGAGGGCUGUGAGAACCGAACGGUGACGCGUCUUCGUCAGCCCGUGGACAAAGAGCCACUGAAAGCCUGUGCCCUGAAAACUGCCGAGCAAAUGAAAGUCCAGACAGAGUUGGAGGGCUUGCAGAAAGACUUGAACUCCAUCUCUGAGAAGACGGAGGAGGUCCUGGCGUCUCCUCAGCAGUCCAGCACGGCCCCGAUGCUCCGCUCCGAACUGGACCUCACCCUGAAGAAGAUGGACCACGUCUACGGCCUCUCCUCCGUCUACCUGGACAAGCUGAAGACCAUCGAUGUGGUGAUCAGGAACACUAAAGAUGCAGAAGACACGCUGAAGACGUACGAGACUCGUCUGCGUGACGUUAGCAAAGUUCCAGCUGAGGAGAAGGAGGUGGAGGAUCAACGCAGUCAGCUGAAGUCGAUGCGCGCUGAAGCAGAGUCCGACCAGGUUGUGUUCGAGCGCCUGCAGGACGAGCUCCGGAGGGCCACGGCCAUCAACGACAAGAUGACGAGGAUCCACAGCGAGCGCGACGCCGAGCUGGAGCACUACCGCCUCCUGGUGAACGGCCUCCUGGAGCGCUGGCAGGCCGUGUUCGCGCAGAUCGACCUGAGGCUGCGGGAGCUUGACCUCCUCGGGCGCCACAUGACCUCCUACCGCUGCGAAUAUGAGUGGCUCAUCCGCUGGCUCGGAGAGGCCAGGCAGAGGCAGGAGAAGAUUCAAGCCGUGCCCAUCGGCGACUGCAAGGCUCUGCAGGAGCAGCUGGCCGAGGAGAAGAAACUCCUGGAGGAGAUUGAGAAAAACAAGGACAAGAUCGACACUUGCCAGAAAAAUGCGAAAGCUUACAUCGAUUCAGUCAAGGAUUACGAGUUUCAGAUUUUGACCUACAAAGCCCUCCAGGAUCCCAUAGCAUCCCCUCUGAAAAAGCCCAAGAUGGAGUGCGCUUCUGAUAAUAUCAUUCAAGAGUACGUUACUCUGAGAACCCGCUACAGUGAGCUGAUGACUCUCACCAGCCAGUACAUUAAAUUCAUCACGGACACGCAGCGCCGCCUGGAGGCCGAUGAGAAAGCUUCUGAAAAGCUCAAAGAAGAGGAGAGGAAACGGUUGGCCGAGAUCCAGGCUGAAUUAGAUAAGCAGAAACAGUUGACCGAAGCUCACGCAAAGUCUGUGGCCAAAGCAGAGCAAGAGGCCGAGGAGCUGAAGCUGAAGAUGAAAGAGGACGCCAACAAGAGGCAGGAUGUUGCGGUGGACGCUGAGAAGCAGAAGCAGAACAUACAGCAGGAGCUGCAUCAUCUGAAGAGUCUGUCUGAGCAGGAGAUCAAGUCCAAGAACCAGCAGCUGGAAGAGGCGCUAAUCAGCCGUACCAAGAUCGAAGAGGAAAUCCACAUAAUCAGAGUCCAGUUGGAGACGACAAUAAAACAGAAAUCUACUGCAGAAUCUGAGUUACAGAAGCUCAGGGACAGGGCUGCCGAGGCUGAGAAGCUCAAGAAAGACGCUCAGGAGGAGGCGGACAGGCUUCGCAAGCAGGUGACAGAGGAGACUCAGAAAAAGAAAAACGCUGAAGACGAGCUGAAGCGUAAAUCUGAAGCAGAAAAGGAGGCAGCCAAGCAAAAGCAGAAAGCUCUGGAAGAUGUGCAGAAAUUUAAAAUGCAAGCCGAGGAAGCAGAGAGGCGCAUGAAGCAAGCUGAGGAGGAGAAACUGAGGCAGAUUCAAGUUGUAGAGGAGGUGGCACAGAAGUCGGCCGCCACACAGCUGCAAGCCAAAUCCACGUCAUUCAAUGAAAAGGCAACUAAACUGGAGGAGUCUCUUAAGAAAGAGCAGGGCACCGUGCUUCAGCUGCAGGAGGAGGCUGAGAAACUCAAGAAACAGCAAGAGGAAGCCAACAAAGCCAGGGAGCAAGCAGAGAAGGAGCUCGAAACGUGGAGACAGAAAGCCAACGAGGCUCUGCGUUUGAGGCUACAGGCUGAGGAGGAAGCACAAAAGAAGACUCAGGCUCAAGAGGAAGCAGAGAGGCAGAAGGUCGAAGCAGAGCGAGAUGCCAAGAAACGGUCUAAAGCCGAGGAGGCUGCGCUUAAGCAGAAGGAGAACGCAGAGAAAGAGCUGGAAAAACAGAGGAAGUUUGCUGAACAAAUAGCUCAACAAAAACUGUCUGCAGAGCAAGAAUGCAUACGCUUAAAGGCCGACUUUGAACACGCUGAACAGCAGAGGGGCCUGUUGGACAGUGAGCUCCAGCGACUGAAGAACGAGGUGAACGCUGCCGAACAGCAGAGAAAGCUACUGGAGGAUGAGCUGGCUAAGGUCAGAAGUGAAAUGGAUGCUCUUCUGCAGAUGAAGCUUCAAGCUGAGAAGGAGACCCUAACAAAAACAGAAAAGAGCAAACAACUUCUUGAGUCGGAAGCGCUGAAGAUGAAACAGCUCGCAGAGGAAGCCACCAGACUGAGGUCUGUCGCUGAAGAGGCAAAGAAGCAGAGGCAGAGAGCAGAGGACGAGGCAGCCCAGCAGAGAGCUGAGGCUGAAAAAAUCCUCAAGGAAAAACUGGCUGCCAUCAACGAGGCAACUCGCCUGAAGACUGAAGCUGAGAUUGCCCUGAAAGCCAAAGAGGCAGAGAAUGAAAGACUCAAGAGAAAAGCUGAGGAUGAGGCUUAUCAGAGGAAGCUGCUGGAGGACCAAGCUGCUCUGCAUAAACAACAGAUCCAGGAGAAAAUCACACACCUCAAGAGCUCAUCUGAUACCGAGCUAGUGAGACAAAAAACUCUUGUGGAGGAAACUCUGAAGCAAAAGAAGAUCGUCGAAGAAGAGAUUCACAUCAUCAGGAUCAACUUUGAGAAAGCGUCGAAAGAGAAGUUAGACCUGGAGCAGGAGUUAAAGAAACUCAAAGGUAUUGCAGAUGAGACAGAGAAGAGCAAAGUCAAAGCUGAAGAAGAGGCGGAGAAGCUGAAAAAGCUCGCUGCUGAGGAAGAGAAGAAGAGGAAAGAAGCUGAGGAGAAGGUGAAGAGAAUAACCGCUGCAGAAGAAGAGGCGGCUCGCCAGUGCAAAGCCGCUCAGGAGGAAGUGGAGCGCCUCAAAAAUAAAGCUGCUGAAGCAAAGAAACAGAGAGAACAGGCUGAGAAAGAGGCAGACAAGCAGGUCGUUCUGGCCAAAGAGGCAGCACAGAAAUGCAGCGCCGCAGAGCAGAAAGCUCAAGAUGUUCUCAGUAAGAAUAAGGAAGACAUACUUGCUCAGGAAAAGCUGAAAGAUGAAUAUGAAAAUGCUAAGAAACUCGCAGAAGCUGCCGAGAAAGCCAAAGUGAAAGCAGAGAAAGAGGCUGCCUUGCUCAAACAAAAGGCAGAGGAGGCUGAAAAACAGAAAAAAGCUGCAGAGGAUGAAGCCGCCAAACAGGCCAAAGCUCAAAAGGAUGCGGAGAAACUGAGGAAAGAAGCAGAGAAAGAGGCCUCCAAGCGAGCUGCAGCUGAGGCGGCAGCUCUAAAGCAAAAGGAGGAGGCCGAUGCAGAGAUGGCCAAACACAAAAAAGAAGCAGCGCAAGCCCUUAACCUGAAGUCUCAGGUGGAGAAGGAACUUACUGUGGUUAAACUGCAGCUGGAUGAAACUGAUAAGCAGAAAGCAGUGCUGGAUGAGGAGCUUCAACGAGUUAAAGGUGAAGUAAAUGACGCAGUCAAACAAAAGGCACAGGUGGAAGAUGAACUGUCCAAAGUUAAGAUCCAGAUGGAUGAGCUGCUCAAGCUUAAGAUCAAAAUCGAGGAAGAAAACCGGCGCCUCAUGCAGAAAGACAAGGACAGCACUCAGAAAUUACUUGCAGAAGAAGCAGAGAAAAUGAAGAGUCUGGCAGAGGAAGCUGCUAGACUUAGCGUGGAGGCUGAAGAAACAGCCCGACAAAGGAAGAUUGCUGAGGCUGACUUGGCUGAACAAAGGGCCCUUGCAGAGAAAAUGCUAAAGGAGAAAAUGCAGGCCAUCCAGGAGGCUUCAAAACUGAAAGCCGAGGCAGAGGAGCUCCAAAAACAGAAGGACAAGGCACAGGAGAAGGCUAAAAAACUUAUGGAGGAUAAACAACAGAUCCAGCAGCGCCUUGACAAGGAGACAGAGGGCUUCCAAAAAUCACUUGAGGCUGAGCGAAAGAGGCAGCUCGAAGCCUCAGCUGAAGCAGAGAAACUGAAACUCAGAGUGAAAGAGCUCAGUGAUGCUCAGGCUAAAGCCGAAGAGGAGGUGAAGAAAUUUAAGAAACAAGCAGAUGAAGCAAAACAUCGUCUUCAAGAGACAGAGAAACAGACGACGGAAACUGUUGUGCAAAAGUUGGAGACGCAGAGGCUGCAGAGCACAAGAGAAGCUGAUGACUUGAAGAAAGCCAUAUCCGAUCUUGAAAAGGAGAAGGAGAAACUGAAGAAACAGGCUGAGGAGCUUCAGAAAAAGUCUAAAGAGACUGAAAAUGCCCAGAAAGAACAAAUAGAGCAGGAGAAGGCCAUGCUUCAGCAGUCAUUCCUCACAGAGAAGGAGCUGUUGCUGAAAAGAGAAAAAGCUGUCGAAGAUGAGAAAAAGAAGCUUGAGAAACAGUUUGCAGACGAAGUGAACAAAGCCAAAGCUCUAAAAGACGAACAGGAACGUCAGCUUAAGCUCACGGAAGAGGAGAAGAAGAAACUUCAGGCCAUCAUGGAUGAAGCAGUGAAGAAACAAAAAGAGGCCGAAGCAGAGAUUAAAAACAAGCAGAAAGAAAUGGAAGUGCUUGAAAAGAAAAGGCUUGCUCAAGAACAAGUCUUGGAAGAGGAGAACAAAAAGCUCAGAGAGAAACUUCAGAGUCUUGAGGUUGCUUCAAAGCAGGCCACAUCCAAAACUAAGGAAAUUGAAGUUCAGACUGAUAAGGUUCCAGAAGAACAGCUUGUGGCCAUGACUAUGGUGGAGACAACAAAGAAGGUUUUCAAUGGUUCUGCUGAAGUGGACGGGGUGAAGAAAGACGGAGAAUCGCCGUUUGCAUUUGAUGGAAUAAGAGAGAAAGUUCCUGCUGAAAGGCUGCACGAGAUUGGCAUCCUGUCGAAGAAGGACUUUGACAAAUUGAAAAAGGGCAAAACCUCUGUGCAAGACCUCAGUAAGACCGAUAAGAUUAAAUCUUGUCUGAAGGGGCAGAGCUCUAUUGGAGGUGUUUUGACUCCAUCCAAAGAGAAAAUGAGUAUCUACAAGGCCAUGACAGAGAACAUGAUUACUCCCAAAGCAGCUACAAUGCUCCUGGAAGCUCAAGCAGCUUCUGGGCACAUUGUUGAUCCAGUGAAAAAUAAACUCCUCACUGUAGAUGAAGCUGUUAAGGAACAAAUCAUUGGCCCUGAGCUCCACAACAGGAUGCUGUCUGCAGAGCGAGCUGCCACUGGCUUUAAAGAUCCUUACACUGGAGACAGAAUCUCUCUUUUUGAAGCCAUGAAGAAGGGUCUUAUUGAGAAGGAGCAGGCCACCAAAUUCUUAGAUGUACAGCUUUCAACUGGCGGCAUUAUUGACCCCAUCAGUAGUCACAGAGUGCCACUUCAAACAGCCUACAAGCAAGGCCAGUUUGAUGCAGACAUGAACAAGAAACUCACUGACCCCAGUGAUGACUGCAAAUUGUUCAUUGACCCCAGCACUCAAGAGCAACUCACUUACAAACAGCUACUGGAAAAAUGCACCAAAGAUCCAGAUAGUGGCCUGUUGAUCUUACCAGUGACGGAGAAAGCUGGGCAGGGUGAGAGAACAUACACGGAUCUGGAGACUAAAGAUGUGCUUAGCAAAUCAACCGUCGAUGUGCCUUUUGGAAAGUUCAAGGGAAAAACUGUCACCAUCUGGGAAGUCAUAAAUUCAGAAUACUUCACAGAAGAGCAAAGACGAGAACUAAUUCGCCAGUACAAAACAGGAAAGAUCACAGUGGAAAAGAUCAUCAAAAUUGUCAUCACUGUUGUGGAAGACAAGGAGAAAAACAAUGCAAAUGUGUUCAAUGGUCUGAGGGCACCAGUCUCUGCUAACGAACUGCUAGAGUCAAAGGUCAUAAACAAAGAUGUGUUCAACAAUUUGAGUAAUGGAAAGAUAACAGUCAAAGAGAUCUCUGAAAUGGAUCAAGUUAAGAAGGCACUACAGGGAACACCCAGCAUUGCCGGCCUGUUGAAUGAACCAACCAAGGAGAAAAUGCCUUUCUAUCAGGCUAUGAAAAAAGAGUUAAUCUCUCCAGAAACUGCUGUGAAUCUUCUUGAAGCUCAAGCAGCAACAGGAUUUGUAAUCGAUCCUGUAAAAAAUGAGAGGGUCCCAGUUGAUGAAGCUGUCAAGUCGGGUCUUGUUGGUCCUGAGCUUCAUGAGCGACUUCUGUCAGCAGAGAGAGCAGUCAGCGGCUACAGAGAUCCCUACACAGGAAAGAAGGUGUCUCUGUUUGAAGCCAUGAACAAAGGUCUUAUAAAGAAAGAUCAUGGUAUCCGUCUGUUAGAAGCUCAACUGUCAACAGGUGGCAUUAUUGACCCCAAUAAAAGCUAUCGCAUCCCUCAUGAGGUUGCCUGCAAGCGUGGCUAUUUUGACGAGGAAUUUAGUAAGACUUUGAACAAAAACACUGAUGAGACACAAGUCUUUUAUGAUCCCAAUUCUCAAGAGGGUGCAACCUAUGCACAGCUCAUGAAUAAAUGUGUCACAGACAAAGAAACUGGACUCCCAUUGCUUCCCCUCACAAAGAAGGCCCCAAAGCCAAAAGAGGACAAACAGAUUACAGAAGCAAAGACAAAAGAGGCCUUGGACCAAGCAUCCAUGGAGCUGGAGUAUGGUCCCUUCAAAGGGAGAAAAGUGACAAUUUGGGAGAUCAUACACUCUGAAUAUAUCACAGAGGAACAAAGAAUUGAACUGAUUCGCCAAUAUAGAACGGGACAGGUAACAAUCGAAAGGUUGGUGACAAUUGUCAUAACAAUGGUUGAAGAAAAAGAGGGCAAAACCAAGGAAGAUGCCUGCUUUGAAGGACUCAGGGCCCCAGUCACUGCCAGCUCUUUGUUUGACUCUAACAUCAUCAGUAAAGCUACAUUCGAUCAACUCCAGCAGGGUAAAAAGACACCUAAAGAAGUCAGUGAAGCUGAAAAAGUCAAAAAGUACCUGCAGGGCACAGACCGCAUUGAUGGCAUAACUAUGGAAGAUUCUAAUGAAAAGUUAAGCAUAUAUCAAGCAAUGAAAAAGAAUGCCUUGCAACAAGAUACCGGGCUUGCACUACUUGAGGCCCAAGCUGGAACUGGUUUUAUAACUGAUCCAGUGAAAAACUUAAAGUAUUCUGUGGAUGAUGCUGUGAAGGCUGGUGUCGUCGGUCCAGAGCUUCAUGAGAAACUUCUCUCAGCUGAAAAGGCAGUGACAGGAUACAAAGACCCAUAUACAGGCAAUAAGAUUUCUCUAUUCCAAGCCAUGAAGAAAGAGCUUGUUCUAAGGGAGCAUGCUAUUCCUCUGCUGGAAGCUCAAUUUACCACAGGAGGGAUAAUAGAUCCAGUAAGCAGCCAUCGUGUUCCCACUGAUGUUGCCAUUCAGCGUGGCUACUUCAGUAAACAAAUGUCCAAAUCCUUCAAUGAGCCCUCAGGUGACGUUAAAGGCUUCACCAAUCCCAACACCCACGAAAGUGUUACUUACAAACAGUUGCUGGAGAAAUGUAUAAGAGAUCCCAACACUGGCCUGUGCUACCUGCCUCUCUCAAAGGUUGAAGCUCCCGCACCUGUUGAGAAAUCUUACCAGUACACAGAGGAGCAAGCGCAAACAGAGUUAGCUAAUACCAAAAUUGAAAUUCCACAUAAGAGUUUCGCAGGAAAGAGUAUGACCAUAUGGGAGGUCAUGAACUCAAAAAUGCUUCCAGAAGAGGAGAGGCGCCGCCUCCUGGAGCAGUAUCGCCUGGGUCAAAUCACAAGGGACAGAAUGCUGGUCAUCAUCAUUGAAAUCAUUGAACAAAGGGAAACUCUGAAGGUAGAACAGGGCAUGUCAUGUGACGUCAUCCGAAGAAGAAUAACUAUCGAGGAGCUGUACAGUGCUCGAAUUAUUGACUUGCAAACAUACAACCUCCUGAAACAAGAAAAGAUGAACAUCAGGGAGGUAAUGGAAAUGCCAUCAGUAAAGCAAUACCUGUUUGGCACUGGAUGCAUUGCUGGAAUUAUGUCUGACAAUCCCCCAAAGAUUAGCAUAUACCAGGCUAUGAAAAAUGGACAGAUUAAACCUGAAAUUGCUUUAAAUCUCCUUGAGGCCCAGGCAGCAACAGGAUUCAUGAUUGAUCCAGUAAGAGAUGAACUUCUAACAGUUGAUGAAGCUGUACGCAAGGGACUCGUGGGCCCUGAACUUCACGACAAACUUCUCUCUGCUGAGAGAGCAGUUACAGGUUACAAGGAUCCCUACAGUGGAAAAGUGAUCUCUCUCUUCCAGGCAAUGAAGAAAGAUCUCAUUCCUGAGGAUUAUGCUCUGAGGCUUUUGGAGGCCCAGAAUUCCACUGGAGGACUGAUGGAUCCUGAAUACUACUUCCACCUCCCCACAGACGUUGCCAUGCAGCGUGGAUACAUCAACAAGGAAACACUUGACAGAAUAACUGAACCUACUGCUGAUGUGCGUGGUUAUACUGAUCCAACGUCAGAAGAGAAACUGUCCUACGCUCAGCUACUGAAACGAUGCAGAGUUGAUAAGGAAAGCGGUUUGCGUCUACUUUCACUGGCAGACAGAAGACUUCUUUUUAAGGGUCUCAGAAAGCAAAUAACUGUGGAUGAGCUACUCCGGUCGCAGAUUAUUGACCAAAAGACCUACAACGAACUCACUGACGGAACCCUUUCUGUGGAGGAGAUCAGCAGAGACCUGAAGAAAUACCUUGAGGGCACCAGCGGUAUUGCUGGUGUGUAUGUUGAAUCUAGCAAAGACCGUCUGUCUAUUUACCAAGCCAUGAAGAAGAACAUGAUCAGACCGGGGACUGCCUUUGAGCUCCUUGAGGCACAAGCCGCCACAGGCUAUGUAAUUGAUCCAAUUAAGAACCUGAAACUAAAUGUCACUGAAGCUGUUAAAAUGGGUGUUGUUGGCCCGGAGUUUAAAGACAAACUUCUCUCAGCUGAACGAGCUGUCACUGGCUACAAGGACCCUUAUUCUGGAAAAGUUAUCUCUCUUUUCCAGGCUAUGAAGAAGGGACUCAUUCUAAAAGACCAUGGCAUUCGUCUGCUAGAGGCACAGAUUGCUACUGGUGGAAUCAUUGAUCCACAGGAGAGCCUCCGUUUGCCAGUUGAGACGGCAUAUGAACGUGGCCUCUUUGACGAGGAAAUGAAUGGGAUCCUCACUGACCCCUCUGAUGACACGAAGGGCUUCUUUGACCCCAACACAGAGGAAAAUCUCACCUACCUGCAGCUAAUGGAGAGAUGUAUGACGGAUCCGGAGACAGGCCUUGCUCUUCUGCUGCUGAAAGAAAAGAAGCGUGAAAGAAAGACAUCCUCCAAGUCCUCUGUUCGCAAACGAAGGGUCGUCAUCGUUGAUCCAGAGUCGGGCAAAGAGAUGUCUGUGUAUGAGGCAUAUCAGAAAGGGCUCAUUGACCAUCAGACUUAUCUAGAGCUUGCAGAGCAGGAAUGUGAAUGGGAAGAAAUUACUAUCACCUCAGCUGAUGGAGUAGUGAAGUCCAUGAUCAUCGACAGGAGAUCUGGUCGCCAGUACGAUAUUGAUGAUGCCAUCUCAAGGGGUCUGAUUGAUAAGUCAGCCCUGGAUCAGUACAGAGCGGGAACGCUUUCCAUCACAGAGUUUGCAGACAUGCUGUCUGGAAACAUGAGCGGUAGCAGAUCAAGGUCAUCCUCCUUUGGCUCCUCUUCCUCCUACCCCAUGAGCCCAGUGCCCUCCAUAAAAACUCCAGCAACCACAUGGAACGACCCAACAGAGGAAACCGGCCCUGUCGCUGGAAUCUUAGACACAGAUACACUGGAGAAAGUGUCCGUCACCGAGGCCAUUCACAGAAACCUUGUGGACAAUAUAACAGGUCAAAGGUUGCUGGAAGCUCAGGCCUGCACAGGAGGCAUCAUCGACCCAAACACUGGCGAGAAAUUCUCAGUUGCAGAUGCAAUGAAUAAAGGGCUUGUGGAUAAAAUCAUGGUGGACCGCAUCAGUUUAGCCCAGAAGGCGUACAAUGGAUUUGAAGAUCCCAGAACAAAAUCCAAAAUGUCAGCAGCCCAAGCUCUGAAAAAAGGCUGGCUGUACUAUGAGGCCGGACAACGAUUCCUAGAGGUCCAGUAUCUCACUGGUGGGCUCAUUGAACCAGAGGCUACGGGCAGAGUAUCUAUAGAUGAGGCUGUAAAGAAGGGCACCUUAGAUGCUCGCACUGCACAGAAGUUGAGAGAUGUCAGUGCAUAUUCAAAAUACCUCACAUGCCCUAAAACCAAGCUGAAGAUCUCCUACAAGGAUGCUAUGGAAAGAAGCAUGACAGAGGAGGGGACUGGUCUGCGACUUCUUGAAGCGUCAUCUCAGUCAAGCAAAGGCCUUUACAGUCCCUACAGUAUCAGCGGCUCUGGCUCCGCUACUGGGUCACGGUCUGGCUCCAGAACCGGUUCCAGGUCAGGCUCCAGAAGAGGCAGCUUUGAUGCCACCGGAUCAAGUUUCACAACAACCUUCUCUUCAUCCUCCUACAGCUCUCCGAGCUACAGCCGCCGAUACUGACCUGAAAGUUAACAAAGGAUUUUCUGAGGGAAGGAUACAUUAUAAAACCACAAUUCUCACCAGAUGCCUAAUUCUCUGUAGAAUAAAGACUACAUUUAUUCUGCUCUGCAUGGGAUUGUUACAGGACUUUAAAUAUUUAAUUUUCUACAAAUACAAAAUAAUUUUAUUGUUUAUAUAUAUUUCACUUUCAUUUGCGUUUAUGCGCCCAUCACACUUUUCUGAAUACGUACUGUAAUCCAUUAGCAUACUCAACAGCAACAAAAUGUAUCCAUCACAAAUACAUGAUAUUUUUUUUGACUGCUAAGGUUUAAUAUCGUAAACAUUUACUCUCAAUGCUGUGUGUUGUACUAUAACUGAACGUGUUCUAGGCCAUUAGCCUGACUGUUAUAGAGAACCUGAUUGGAUGUACAAACUAAAAUUUCCGUACAUAUGUAUAUUUCUGACUACUGAGAAAAAAAUCUUUACUAGUGAAAUUUAAAAGCCUCUCUGCAGAGCAGAAUAUGGAGUCUCCUUAGAUGAUUAACACUAAAAUAGCCUGCUUUGAGGAUGCAAAGCUUCAAGAUUUUUUCUCUCCUGGGAUCCACUACCAGAUGAACUCUGGACUCUCCUCCAUUUCCAGUGGUUGAUCAGAAAAUCUGGAGUUAGAACAUAAUGCUAACCCAGUGAAAUCAAUAUCAUCCACUAAAGAAAGGAUAAUGUUGCUCAAUAUGACCCUUAACACAUCUGAAUGUAAUGGACUUUACAACUCCAAGACCAGUAUAAGCCCCUGCUUUUCUGGACUCUUUAAAAGAUAUUGCCUUCCCAGUUCAUCUCAUCUACACCAACUCUAUCGGAUGUCUUCCAGUAACCCAUCCUGUUUAUUUGGACCUUGACCUUCAAGGAUUUUACGCAACAGUACACAAAAAAAACACUUGCUCAUGAAAUGUUUUGUUUGUAUUUGUUUAACAGCGGACCAUUUUGAAAGUUGCAUCCAAUCUUGAACUCAUAUAUAUUAAGGCCAAAAACAUGCUUUGUAAGUGCCUGCAAAAAUAUGUUUUAACACUAUACCUGGAGUGUUAUGAGAUGGUGCAGUGGUUACGCUGUAAUUGACUGAUGCAUGACUGAAAAAGCAAUGCUGUCCAUGAUGUAUUGUGUCGUCAAGUAAUCCUUUUAAAUGUCCAACUACAGUAUGUCACAACGGUAAGUAGUUCAGUGUCACACAGGGCUAAAUGUAUGAUUUGAGUAUUUAAAAGCGGAGAUUUAUUAUUUUUCAUUUUUCCCUUCACAAAAAUGUAUGUACUGUAUAUUGAUGAUUAUAUAGAGCGCUGUUGCUGAAAGCCAUGACAUUUACAUUUCUUUUUGGAAAAGAUCUUAAAGCUUUGCACCAUGCCCAGUAUUUGUAUUUUACACAAUAUAUACUUUUUGAUUUUAAUUCUUCUUUGUAAAGCUAUAUCACUUUAUUUUCUAUACUUCUGCUUUGCAUGAUUUACUAACACUGAAAAGGUGCAAAGAUGAAAUAGUUGUAUCCAUUAAAGCAUUAUUUUUUUGCGUGUGUGUAUCAAAAGGUUUGAAGGAUGUAUUUUAGUGAGGGUUAUCAAGCCUUGUUUAAUGGUGUAUUUAUAAUAAAAUGGUGACAAGGAGUUUUAUGUAACACAUUACACUAUGUAAAUAAACAUAAAAAUGAAAUGUU